AUGGACCUUCCUCCCCUCGGCCUCCUCCUCGUCGGCAACGUCACCGCUUGGGCUCUCUGGGGAUUCUACACCUGCCUAUUUUUCGUCUCUCUCUAUGUUCUCUUCUUCAAAAAAGCAGGCGCUAGGAACUGGCCCCUCAUCAGCGCGUCCAUUGCCAUAUUCAUCCUCACCACAGCCCAGGUCAUCCUCCUCACUGUCAGGCUCUACAUCCUCGUAAUCGAAACCCCGAUCGCCCAGGCUUCGUGGGAGGUCAUCACGUCUACCGGGCCGCCGGUGUACGGAGCCGCGAUCGUUCUGGAGACGGUGACGAUGCUUAUCGCUGAUGCUGUCCUGAUAUGGCGAUUCUGGGCCGUAUAUGACCGGAGGUGGCUCGUCAUCCUCCCCAGCAUCGCUCUCUGGCUAGCAACAUUAGGCACAACGAUCUACAUGCUCUACCUCGACCUGGGCAUAGUGAUCGCUGCCGAAUCCACGGGGGAUCCUCUUCCUCCCCCACAGGCAGUGUUCAUCCCCUCCCAGCAUCCCCUCGAGAACUGGACGAUGGUCGUGGAGAGCCUCACGCUUGCCCAAAACUUCUUCUCGACGUUCUUUAUCGCCGUUCGGCUCUGGGCUGCAGACCGCUUUUCGACGACGUCCAAGCUGGCAAGCCUUACCCCUGUCCUGUGGAUCGUCGUCGAGUCGGGAGCGCUGUAUACGGGGCUCUGGGUAGUGGAGAUCGCCACUAGUGCGAUGUUUAACCUCCCUGGGCUGCUGGCGACUAGCCAACUGGUCACUCCUAUCGUUGGCGUGACUUUCUCACUCAUCAUCGUCCGCGUCGGCCUGGGCUUGACGUACGACGUCCCUACACACCAGAGCGAUGACACGGUGAUGACUACCGCCCUGCACGUGUCUACGAUCCAGGACGUCGAUGUCGAGGCGGACGCGUCUGGGGAGGAGACGGAGGACGUUUCCCGCGGAGAGGAGAGCUUGCGUAUGCAGAUUUUUGGCAUUCAGAGUUUGGGGAGCAGCGAGAAUAGCAAGAUGGAGGUAUGUAGCGGGAUGAGCGCGAGUCUUGCGGACAAGUGAGGAAGACGCGUUGGAGGACUGGGCCUGUGGAUAACUCUGGCCGUCAAUUGCCUUUGGACGGCCAGCUUGGCAAAGGGAAUGGUCUAUGUUCCAGAGCUGCAGAGGUUAUUUUGAUCGCAACGGUGUCCGAGGGUUGGCUCUUCGUCGUCGGUGGUGGUCGGGGAGGCAGCGAUCGUCGAGAAGGGUGAAAAGGGCAGACUCGGAAGUUCAGAGGACAAUAAGCACAUAAUGUACAAUUAGGCAUAACUGAUCAUUAACAAAAGGCGCACAUUUCCGCUCUAGUCCGUUUCAUUUUCAUGACCAGCAUCUCUACUUGCCUUCCACAGGCUUGACUGUCUGCUCUGCCUCUGCCGCCUUCUCGGGCUCCAAAACCGUCACGCCAGAGAUCUGCGCCGCCUUCUUCUCCGCCCUCUCAGCCUCUCUCGUCCAGCUCCUCACGCCAGGCAUCGCCCACAUCUGAUACAAGUGCGACGCGUAUCCCAGCCCUUCGCCCAGGACGGCGCCGCCCAGGAUGAGGUGGAUGCGAGGGGCGCGUUUCCAGAGGAUGGCGGAUGUCGUGAGUGAGCCGAGGAAGGCACCAAUGAAAGAGUAGUCUUGCGCUCUCAGGCGGGUAGCAUCAUGUCCCACUGCCCAGGCGCUCUGGCCAACCUCGAGCGAGCUCAGCCCUCUCAACCUCCACAGUUCCCACCCCCCGCCAAGGAGCGCCGCCCCUGCCGCUCCCGCCCAUUCCGCUCUCAGGAAACGGGAUACCGUGAGUGGCUUGCGCCGAUAGAGAGCUGUGACUAUGUACAGCGGGGGGAGGACGAGGGAUGCGAUUUGGGAGCAUUGGAGGGCGCGGGUGCGGGCGAGGUAGGAGCUGUCGACUGAAAGCGAGGCGGAGGUCGACGUGAAGGAAGGAGGCGUCGCCAUCGUCGUCGUGCUGGACGG